GUUAACUGAUUCCCAGCUAUUUACGAGAAAUAACCAUUUGACGCUAUCACGAUAUGAUACGAAAGCAGUAGCAGUGUUUUAAAUAUCAACUGAGAGGUCUAUAAUCACAAAAGUUGGAGUAUUAAAAAUCGAGGAAUUAUCAAGUCGUCUGGAUACAAUAGGACCAAGGAUAGCUCUAAACAUCAUGGAGAAAGAGAAGGAAUUUGAGAGUAAUCAAAGUACACAAAUCUUUGAUUCUUUUAUUGACCGUACGGAGGAUGUUCAAGCAUCCGAAGCGACAACAACCCCGGCGCCGGUGCCGAGGCCGAGGCCGAAGCCCUUUGAGGUUCCCGAUGGUGGUCUAGAAGCAUGGCUUCAGGUUCUCGGCGCCUGGGUCAUCAUGUUGGCGACAUGGGGACUUAUAAACUCGUUUGGUGUAUAUCAGACGUUUUACGAAACCGACUUGCUCAAGUCUAGUACAUCCUCAGAUAUUAGCUGGAUUGGUUCGCUGCAAGGUGCUCUCUUGAUGAUCGGCGGUCUGGCAUCUGGGCCGCUGUUCGACGCCGGCUACUUCCUUUCGCUCACCAUAUCGGGCCUGUUCUUCAUCCUUUUCGGGCUGUUCAUGACCUCCCUGUGUUCAACAUAUUGGCAAGUCCUCCUAGCGCAAGGUAUUUGCGUGGGAAUAGGUUGCGGUCUCACGUUCCUACCAUCUGCAGCCAUUCUAAGCCAGUACUUCGCGCGUCGUCGUGCUCUAGCUCUAGGGAUUCAGAGUACUGGCUCACCGCUAGGUGGUAUCAUCUUCCCCAUCAUAUUCAGCCGUCUAGAGCCACGCAUAGGCUUCGGCUGGGCGACCCGGGUAAUAGCCUUCAUCCUCCUCGCCCUCGCCGCCGUACCCCUAAUCUUCCUACGUCCCCGCGCACCCCCACCAAGCCAUAAACGCGCAUUCAUCGACACCGCAGCCUUGCGUGAACCCCCCUUCCUCAGCUACGCUAUCUCGGGUCUGUUCGCGUUCCUAGGGCUCUACGUGCCGUUUUUCUAUAUCCAACUAUAUGCUUUACACUACCGCAUCGUACCCGAUGAUCUUAGCGCGUAUCUCGUGACUCUCCUGAAUGCGGGGAGUGUGUUUGGACGACUGUUGCCGAAUUUUGCGGCGGAUUAUUUGGGCUCGAUGAAUAUGCUGGCUGCUACUACGAUCGGCGCGGGUGUCCUUGCGUUCGCAUGGUUCGGGGUUAAGAAUCUAGGAGGCACGAUUGUAUUUGUUCUUCUCUUCGGCUUUUGUAAUGGCGGCGUGACGAGUCUCCCGCCGAGCGCGAUUGUGAGUUUGACGCCUGAUCUAGCGAGAUUGGGGACGAGGAUGGGGAUGACGUUUGCGUUUAUUGGGAGUGCGGUUUUAGUUGGUACGCCUAUUGCGGGUGCGAUUUUGAGGGAUGUGGAUGACGAUGCUAGAUGGAAGGGUUUGAUUGCGUUUAGUGGUGCUACGUUGGUUGUUGGGGGACUGGGGUAUGUUGUUACGGAGUGGUUGAAUUUGAGGUGGAAGGCUAGGAAAGGGAUUAAGUAGAAGGUUGAAGGGAGAGUUGGGGAGUUAGGAUUGGUGAUAGGAGGAAUGAAAGGUAUAUAAAACGAAGGAGUAUAUACGAAACGAUGUAUAUGAAGAGUUAUGACACCAAAAUCAAGCAAGAAUUAAACAUUAUCAACAGGAAAUAUGGACGUGCAUAUCUCGGACUCUACCGGACUUCCACACCAACUCCGCGACAUCGAUUCGUUAUACCUAAUUCGAAGUCGGCUUCAUAUUAAU